AAAAUUGAUGACAUGAAUCUAAUUGACCUCUUACCUUCAAAAAUGUAAUUGCUCUAUAAAAAGUAUAUAUUUUUGCUGUCAUGUGUUCUGCUCGAGACAGGGCUGCUGUCACUUCAGAUCCAUAUCAGCCACUUCCAUGUCCUGUUCUUGAACAGGUAAUGACGUGUUUCUGCUAUUGGUGACAGCAGAUUAUAGCGUUGUUGAGUCAUAAUCUUCUCAGUCUACAUCGUAUAAAUACGCUUCACUGGACUCCAUAAGUAAUUACUUGAUAUCACUCGAGAUCUCUGGAGUACAAAAGGGAAUAUACAAAGCUCCAUAGACAAAAUGAAUCUGGAAGUGGCCAAACCUGAAGCAAAAAGUGGCAGCAAAGCUCCACUCAGAGCCACCGGUCCUGGGUCUCCUCACAAGGGCCCUCCCAAAUUCAAGCAGAGGAACACCCGGACGUUUAAGAGCAAGCCUCCAAAGAGGGGGGUCAUCGGUUUUGGAGAAGAGAUCCCAGGAAUGGAAGGACUCGGCACAGAUAUUACUGUGAUCUGUCCAUGGGAGGCAUACAGCCAUCUAGAGCUGCACGAACUAGCUCAGUACGGCAUCAUAUGAUAGUAAUCCCUGUGAAACUGUUUUUUUGUAUGUACAAAGGGAAUUGGUGGGAUUAGAUAAAUUGUUUUCUACAGUUUAUUCUGUUUUCAUAAGAGUGUCAAGAUGCC